AUGUACAUCACCCUCUACUACUUAGUCACCUGCCUCCCUGACUCCCUUCGCUCGGUCAGGGACCACUUCCUCUCUGUUUGCCCCACCACACUCACCGUUGACCUCCUUGAGGAGCGCCUCCUAACAGCUGAGAAGAGUACAGUCGCUGUAGGAGCCUCUCGUGGUGACCCUCGUGCCCCCGUCUUUGAGGGUCGGUCGGCGCUGUGUCUGCCCCUAGUGGGCGACGCCGCACCAGCAAGGGCAAGGGGGGCAAGGGCGCUGGAGAGGCUGACGGGGGCGGUGGAGGUGGCGGUGGAGGAGGCGGAGGGAGUGGGGGUUGUGGUGGGAGUGGUGGCGGGGGUGGGGGCUUCGGUGGCAGCGGUGGAGGCGGAGGCAGUGGCGGCGGUGGCGGUGGGAGCGAAGGAGGAGGCAGUGGCGGCGGUGGCGGAGGUGGCGGCGAAGGAGGUGGAGCUAGUCAAGGUGGCUCUGCGCAGCGUGGCGGCUUCGGUGGUGGUCAGCGCCAGCAGCAGCACCGCACUCGUGAAACCCCGCCCCCCCAGCAGCUUCGUGAGUGGUACUCUGCGCGUCAGCAGGGUGGGGGUGCUGGUCCUUGUGCCUACGUCCUGUGUACCGGCGACCGCAUUGGUGAGCCGUGCGGUGGCCCGCACACCACCCAGCGCUGCUUCGGCCGCCUGA